GGUCUGUCAGUUGAAGUUUGCUCUGUCAUGCAGUACAUGAUUGUUUUAACCCACACUAUGUCCUUCUUGCAUUAAGUUUAUGUGGUGAUGUGAUUGUUGUGAUUUAAAGCUUAUCCGUCCUACACACUAUUUCUCCUCACCAGCAAACUGCCGGGGAAGACUUUACCAACCUUGACUGACGUCCCAUUACUCCACCUGCCAUGUCAUUCGUGACGAGCAUAGCACACACGGCAUUGAUUGAUCGGGUGGAUGGUUAAGGGCUAACCAACGGUCGAAAAAGCAAUCCUUGUGUUUAUGAGACAACAGCAUUGUGUCUAUACUUGAGUAACUAGCUCUUUCGCCGGACGGAAGACGCUUGAACUCCCCGCUAUACUCCAGAGUCUGCCUACCAUGGGAAGGCUCAUCAAAAAUCACUGGGCGCGACUUAUUAUUCUCACAGCCUCAGCUUACCAAAUCGGCGGUGCGAUCGAAGGCUUCAUCUGGCCGAAGGUGUUCUGGGAUUUUAUGACGGACAAUUUGAAUGGCGCUGUGAACCCGGUCCCUGUGCUUCAAAUUCUCAACCUCCUUUUGGGCCUACUUGGCCUUGCAUGGGAAUGGCCUUUGAAAUAUGUUGCCGGCUCCCUCGCGCACCGCAGCAUCGAAUUCCGAUUGAUCUUCUAUCCCCUCAGCGCUCUACUCUCCAUGCUCCUCUACCAGGGCACAGACCCUGCUCUGUACUACCUUAUUGGAAUCGGGGUGUAUUUCUGGGCCUACAGCGAGGGCGAGGUCGUUUGCCCUAUCCCAUGGACACUCCCGAAGCGAAGCGAAUACAAGGUAUAGCAUGACUUGUACCAACACGACACCUUACACUUAACGACCACGAUAUGAUAUGAUUUUAUGAAACGAUACCCAGCGGUGCUAGUAUAUCGGUAAUAUGUGUUUCUUGGAGUUGGGACAGAUAAAAGGUCCUUUUUUCCAGUCAGUGAUGACUGUCCAGCUAUUGACCUGGAUUGUGUGGCAGUUAUUCAAAUAUGGACUCUGGUACCUGGAUUGCCAGAGUGCAUGUAUCUGUCUGUAUUAUAGUUCGUUUCUACAUGGAAUCGGAAAAUUAUAUAUCGUA